GAACAGUGAGCUGAAGCCCAUCUUCAAAGCCUCAAACACAACUCAGCAGAAAAAAUCAUGGCACCACCAAAGACAUGUUUGCAGCUGGUGAUUUUGGCCACUGUGUGUGCAGUACUUUUUGCUCGGGAAAUACCAAAAGAUUUUCUGACUAACUGUACACACAGCGCUUACGGAUGCUGCCCUUACGGGAACAAGGAAGCGACAGGAAGAAGAUACCCAUUCGAAGGCUGCGGGAAGGAACUUUGCAUGGAUAUAAGGGAACUAGAUUACUGUAAAGAUAUGAGAGAUAAUGGAUUGUGCGAUAUUGCUAAAGCUGCGACGUCUGAACAAGAGUUCGUUUUGCGCGGGCGAUUGCGAAAUGAGUGCUAUAAGACGUGUGGAUUCGGAUGCAAGAGCAGGGCUCCCAGGUUGUGCGAAAGUCCUCAUAAAAGUACUCUUGCUCGUAAGUUUGGUUUGGUUUGCUGUGAGGACGGCUCUAUAGUCAAGAAAAAACAAAAAUGUCCACCAUGCAAGGACGAACAUCCCGUCGUCUGCCGACAAUUCAAAGAUCGCUGCAAGACAGCCACUGGACCACGUCUCAGGACUUUCCUCAAACGAUAUUGCAGGAAAAGUUGCAAUUUGUGCAUGCAUAUUCAUGAUUUGUAGAAUGCAAAAAGGAAAGUUGUCUUGCAAAAACGCAUACAAUUUCAUCAUGUAUGUUAUUUGCACAUAUUAAUAACCAUAAUCAGUUUUGAAAGUGUGUAAAAAAGGACACAAAUUAAAUAGCAUAUAGACAUUGUAAACUUCUGGAUAAAACAAUAAAACAGAAUCCUUUAAA